GCUUUCUUCCCCAUUUGUAAUUUGUUUCGGAAUUUGUGAUCUCUCUCUCUUUCUCUCAACGAGCUCGCCAAUAUGCAGAACGUACAAAAGAAACAAAAGGAACCGAUCCAAUCCGUUCAAGUCUUUGGACGUAAAAAAACUGCAACUGCAGUUGCUUAUUGCAAACGUGGUCGUGGACUUUUGAAGGUCAAUGGAAGACCUCUUGAACAGUUUGAACCAAAGGUUCUCCAAUACAAACUCCAAGAACCAAUUCUUCUUCUUGGCAAAGAAAAAUUUGCUGGUGUUGACAUGAGAGUUCGUGUCAAUGGUGGUGGUCAUGUAGCUCAAAUCUAUGCCAUCAGACAAGCCAUCUCCAAGGCACUCGUUGCUUACUACCAAAAAUACGUUGAUGAGGCAUCAAAGAAAGAAGUCAAAGACAUUCUUAUUCAAUACGAUCGUACACUUCUUGUUGCUGAUCCAAGAAGAUGUGAACCAAAAAAAUUCGGUGGUCCAGGUGCUCGUGCACGUUAUCAAAAGUCAUACCGUUAAUCACGUUUUUUUAUUUAUAUCAUUAUGGGAUUUAUAAUGCUAAUAAAAAAUAAUAAAAAUUAAAAAUAAUACUUGAUUAUUUAAUUAAACAAA